CAUACAUACAUACACACACAUAUAUCGCGUCAUGUCUGACCGCAAUCUCAUGGACAUUGAGCCGGGUGGUGAGAGUACCCCGUAUGAGUCGAUUCGAUUGUUUACGGAGACGCCGGAGAAGCAGACGGGGCAGUUGGGUGGUCAAUCGCAACAUACAGUGAGUGAGAUGAGGACGACGUUGGGAGAUGAAGGGGAUGAAGAAGAAAACGAGAAUCGGUUUAGGGAUACGCCCCUAGCACGACAACUUGAGAAAGGGGAGGCUACUUCGGGGUUGUCUGGGAUUGUGGAUAAAGACCUGAAGCCCAAAACCCCGGAGGAAGGGGCAGCGCUAGCGGCAAGAAUCAGGAGAGAACAAGGGUAUGGACCUGGUUCGGGCGUCGGGGCUUAGACGUCACGAUGUGUGAAUGGAACCGAACCCGGGGGGUAAUGGACAUGAUUGAUGGGGUUGAAACGGAGGAGCGCGCUUGAUUUAUUGGGAAGCAGGGGGACUGGAUGAGGUCGAGGUCGGGGGGUUUGGUAGAUUCUGUGUACCAAGGGCUGGGCUUCUGCGUGCGCGUUUGAGGCUUUCCAGAGUCACUCCAUUGCCGAGUUUCGUCAGACCGACCACUGGCGGUUCGCCCUUCUUCACGAAUUCCCAGAGGCC